AUUGUACAAACGAGAUACGAUACGAUUCCAUAUCACUAAAAUAACAUUUUACUGUAAUCAAUGCCAUAUAUUCUUAUCCGGGGUAAUCUCGCAUCAUAUGGGCACAAAAACCCUUGGCGUGUUUUGGUAUCCGGCCUAAAAGCGGGUGAUAUAGAACAGCUGAAGAGGUUUGCAUGUGGCGGGUAUUGCGACGAAUCGACUAUUGUUUACCUGCAACAUCCUUGUGUUAUCUUGAGCGCAUUGGAGGUUCUUGGCUACAAAGUGGUUGCGUCCAGCUCUACAGCAGUGAAGCAGGACUAUAAUGAGUACAUGUGGACUAUGAGGAAGGACUUCUCUGAACCCGAGCCAUCCAUUAUUGUGGAACAAGACAACAUCACCAACUUUAGCAAGGAGGCUAUGCACUUGGGGAACUUCCACCAUCCCGCUAAAGACGACGAAGUUUAA